UUCUGGGAUGCGCGCAAGGUAUCAAAGCAAUUUAUGCUACCUGUGAUUUUAUAUUAAAUACAGCAUGUAACGGCGUCGUUGAAAAUCGGUGUUUGACGGCACAGUUAAUGUAAUUUGCAUUAGCAGGGAUACCUCAUGGGCGAGAAGGAAGUGUGAGAGGUGAUCUCCCCACGGUUGUGUCUGCUGGAUUGGACACAUUAGGUUGCUGUGUGUGAAUGUGAGAGAGUGAACGUUUGUAUGGAUGCAAAACUGUAACUGCAAGAAGAUUUAGUAUCCUGGCCUGAUGGAAAAGAGAGACCGGAAGCUGGGAUAUUUUGCCAGGCUGAAAAGGCGGAAGCAGCUCAAGCAGAGCCAGUCAGAAAGAAGUCAAAAUGAGCAGAAUCCGGCAAUCAUCUCCUGUGACGGUGAUCCCAACAAGAAGUCAGCCCUACAGAUGGUAACAGAAAAGCCACCUGCAGGUGAUGGCUGUAAAAGUAACAAUCAGACAAAGAUGGAGAAGAAGAGGCCACCAGGGACAGUGGACUACAUUGUGGGACCUGAUGAUUCCCUCAACAGCAUAGCACUCAAGUUUAACAUCACCCCAAACAAGCUGGUUCAGCUGAAUAAGCUCUUCACUCACAGCAUCUACCCUGGUCAAAAGCUGUAUGUCCCAGAUGUGAGCCAAUCAGAAACCGACCCAAAGUCUCUGAGUUCAUCUAACCCCUCUCUCACUAAUGGCUUGUCUAACAAGCCAUCACAUGAUGGCACUCAAAGCUGCCGGUCAGCAAAGUCCAUCCACCGUGAGCUCUCCCCAAACUCGGAAGAUGAGAGCCCGGCAACUGUUAGAUUCAUCAAAAUGAGCUGCAAGUACUUUACUGAUGGCAUGGGAGUGGUUGGAGGUGUUUUGAUUGUGACACCCAACAACAUCAUGUUUGACCCCCACAAGUCAGACCCCCUGGUGAUCGAGAAUGGCUGUGAGGAGUACGGUCUUAUCUGUCCCAUGGAGGAGGUGGUCUCUGUGGCGCUGUACGACGACGUGUCACGUAUGAAGCUCAAAGACGCUCUCCCAUCAGAUCUACCCCAGGAUCUGUGUCCUGUGUACAGGCCUGGCGAGUGGGAGCAGCUGCCGUCAGAGCAGGAAUUGAACCCGUUCAGUCGAUAUGAAGCAAUGAUUCCAAAACAGCCCAUAGUUUUGGAUGACAUUGAAUCUACUCUCUCUGAAACUGAAGGUGAGCAGACAGAGAAGUCUCCAUCAGAUGAAGGUUUUACUGAGCUGGAGCCAACUGUUAAUGGGAGCACAGAUGAGACAGAGGGGACAUCCUCCACCACACCCAACAUUGUCUCCAGAGACCAUCAUGAACUUGUAGGAACAAGCUGUCCCGGCCAUGCAGACUUCCAGAACAAGUUAAUGUUUGAUCAAACUAAAGGGAAGCUGGAUGACGAAGAGGAUGAAGGUGUAGCUCAGAACAGCUCCAUCGAGGAUGGCGAGUCAAUACAAUCCUCCUUAGACACUGAAAAACAGGGUGACUUGCCUCAAAAACCUGUAAUCCAAGAGGUAACUGAAACCAAAGAUUUAAAAUCUGAAGGAGCUGACAAGCUGCUAGAGAGCAUAGAUGAUAACUUAACCAGGAAGUUGAGUAUUCAGGAGUCUUCAGAGGUUCGUGGGAGGUCUGGUCUGGAGAGACAAAGCCCAGCAGACAGACCAGCAGAAAAAGAAGAAGCCAGUGAGGAGGAGAGACGGAAGAAAAACUACGAAUCAGAGAUGAAAUCCUGGCUACUGGAGAGGAUGCAGGCUCCAAUAGAAGACAUGCUUCUCUCGUCAGAGGAGAAGAGCAAAAACCCACCCAUGUUCCUCUGCUUCAAAGUUGGAAAACCAAUGAGGAAGUCUUUUGUCACUGGCAUGACCUCCAGUCCUGCUCGCUCAUUUGCGAGCCAGGAGAAGCAGCCAGAGUACUGGUUUGCUGUACCCCUGGAAAGGGUGCACGAUCUGUAUUCAUUUUUCGUUCAGUGGUCUCCCGACGUGUAUGGGAAUGAGGCUCGUGAGCAGGGCUUUGUCGUGGUGGAGAAAGAUGAGCUGGACAUGAUUGAUAACUUCUUCAGUGACCCUGGGUCUUGUAGCUGGGAGAUCAUCACUAUUGAUGAGGCCAAACGUAGACAGAGUUUUGGCAGCUAUGACAGAGACUUGUCUGUGGAUGCCCUGCCUAUACUCAUUGAUAGCAGUGACCUGCUGCAAGACACACACAUUGAAAAGCUUGCCUGUCGCCUGCCAGCCCGUGUUCAGGGAUAUCCAUGGAGACUGGCCUACAGUACUGAGAAACAUGGUACCAGUCUGAAAACUCUGUACAGGAACUUGGCAGAUGUGGACAGUCCUGUGCUGCUGGUUAUCAAAGAUAUGGAUCACCAGAUAUUUGGGGGAUUUUCAACUCAUCCAUUCAGGGUGAGCGAGCACUGCUACGGCACUGGAGAGACUUUCCUUUACAGCUUCAGUCCUGAAAUCACGGUUUACCACUGGACAGGGGAGAAUUCUUACUUUGUGAAAGGUGAUACCGAUUCUCUGCAGAUGGGAGGAGGAGGCGGCCAUUUGGGUCUUUGGCUGGAUGCCGAGUUGUACCGAGGCACCUCUAACAAAUGUGCUACUUUUAAUAACCAACCACUCUCCCCCCAGCCAGACUUCAACAUCCACAGUCUGGAGGUCUGGACCUUUGAGUAGCCUCAUCUGAUCAAGCUCUUUCCACAUUCACUCUCUGAUCCACGAAACCUUAAAGCACCCCAAGUCUAUUUUGCACCACUUGGAGGCAAACAUAGCUACCCGCAAAUGACUCUGAGCGUCCUAAGAGACAGAAGCAGGUUGUGGAGUCGAUGUGACAGUAUUCUGAAGUUUGCUUGAGGUGGGUUUGACCUGCAUUUAGGCUGGCAUGUUUCUGCCUAGUUCCCCAUCCUUAAAAAGGUGGAAGUGCAAGAAAAUGUGUUUGAUCUCAGUUCAUCAGCUGCCUUAGAUCAUCAGACAACAGCUCCGGCUUCUCCAGCAUGAGGCUGCCUCGCCACAAAAUGCUUAAAAUGAGGGGAAAGGAGGGCUGCUUUAUUGAGAUUUCUAUUGAUGCUAUUCCAAAAUAGCUGGUUUUAUGUCUGUGAGAUAGAAUACAGAGUCUGUCGAUGCUUUUGGCUUAACUUUGCUGAAACAAUGAAGAUGUUGAUAUAGUCUGUAUGUUCGGAAAUGAACAGAAUUAUUCGAUGGAAGAAAUUUUGAAAGGUGAUUUUUUUUUAAUAAUGCAAUGAACUUGAAACUUGAAGGAUAUUGCCAGAGAUGAUUUUAGAUCCUCCAUUAUCAAAUUUCUCAAAAUUGUUUACAUUAGAAGUGUUUGCUUACCUUGAAGGCUGUCUUCUUCUGUUAGUUUGAGUUUUAGAUUACAUGAAUGAGUCCAGUUUCAUUUCCCCUAUAACUGCAUAUAAUCUUUCCCUCUAUGUUCAAUCCAAAACAGCUGGUAGAUCCAGGAAAUGCUUGCAACGACCAAAUAUCUUCUUUUUGUUUCAUAUUUGUUAUUAGCCCUUUUCAUUUUAUAGAAGAAGUAUUUUUGUAUUUCUUUUUUUUCAUCCGAAAUAAUUUUAUAUAAAUAUUUCUCUAAAUGUUUCGAUUAUCCAAUCAUUAAUUCAUAUCUCAAUUUAACUUUACCUUUAUUUAAUUUAAUUAAAUGUUUGUUUGUUAUUUUUGGUCAUUGUUUAGCCAGCAGAGGUUUAACAUGAGAUCAUGAUUUGCACUACAGGUUGCAGCCUAUGCUGCUUUGUGUCCCUUUCUAAUACUUGUAAAAUUGUUACUGAAUGUCAUUGAAUCAAUAGCUACAGGAGGUAAGCUGCCUCUUCAAACCACAGCUCUGCCUCUGCUUUACUUCAGAAUGGAUGAAGAAGGGAUCAUCAGUUUUUGCACUCUAAUAUGCCACUAAACCCACAUUUGAAUUUACUAACAUGGAAAUUAAAUGUACAUUUAUGUCCUUUGCAUCUGACACAAGCUUGCAGUGCAUGUAUAUGCAGUACUGCAAAUGUUUGACACCACUACCUGCCAUACUAUUCACUAAUGCCAGUAAAUGCUUUAUGUGAAAUGAGCUCUGUUGUUUUAAGUGUUCAGUGUUGUAACUGUGAAUGCUCCCUAAGUAUUAUUUCCUGUGAAUCCAAAACUGCUGUGUUCUGUGAUAUCACCAAUGAUCUAUUUAUUGUGUUGUUAUUGCAACCACAUUUAAACCCAAAUAAAUGAUAAAUAUAUACAUGAA